AUGGGAGAAAUUCCAGUGAACAAGUCAAACGCCACUAUAAACAGUAUGACAGCACUGAAAACGGUCGAGGGUAGCUACUCGCUCACGAAUCUAGGUGUCUCCUUUCACGAAAGAUUCUGCUCAGCUGAGCAUGCCGAGAGUUAUCUGGCCAGCAUUGUUCAUGAAGCUAUGAAAUUCUGCCAUCUCAGUGUUCACUUUACUGCCAAUAAACAUCAACUCAAAAGCGUAUAUCUGUCCACAGGAGCCUCAUCACAGAAGAAACCACUUCGUAUUCUCAGCUCCCGCGUCACGCCUUCAAGAAUGUUGGUGUGGAGGGUAUGGUUUUGCCUACAAGACUUAUCUUCCACACAAGACCUGCAUACUGAAUGCCAAGGGGGCAAUUCUGGAAUCCAGUGGCUUUCUAGGCUCUUGCGAUGCUUCUCUGAUUUUCAUGCUGCUGUAUUUUUUCCGCCUUCCAUUGCUAGUUAUUGUGUUGUAUGGUUCAUGCCGAAUGCAGUAGUCUGUGGACCAACAGGCCAUCAAGACAUCAGUACUACACAAAGCCCUCCUACAGCACUCAUUCAUGUCUAUUGCUCCCUCGAAUACAUGUAUAUCAUCACUCGGUGGAUUACUGAUUACUAG